CCUUCCUUUCUUUUCCCCCGAGCAAGCUAUAAAACCCAAAUAUUAAAAGUCCACAGAAAGAAAAUCAGAUUCUGGAAAUCCCGUAAUUAAUACUUUAUUAGUAGUUUUUUACAAAAUAGUUGACUGAAAAAAAUACCAUUCCUUCACUAACAUCGUCGUCUGCUAAUCUGCUUUGCUUUUGCUCCUCGCACUGCACUUCAUGAUUUUAUUGAUGAAGGGAAUCAUUUAUCGUGAGGAGGUCAAUUAGAUUAUCUCUUUUUGUUUGGCAUUGUGCAAACGGUAAGAAUUUGUUGACUUUACACCGACGUUAUGGAGAAAAGUGGAUUGUACAAAGAUCACCAUCCAGUGCAAAAGUUGGUUUUGCAUUUUCUACACCAUGACGUUGCUUCUCGGAAAUUUAUCGCAGAGGAUUUAUACUAUGUUACUUUAGCGUUUAGCCUUCUUGUUUGAUACUUGUAAAUAGAUAGUUUACCUGUAGAUAAAAUGGAAUCAAAGUUGUUUGAAGUGUUAGAUAAUGGCCAUAGGACUGUGGUUGGAUCAAAGAGGAAACUGGCUUCUCAAAAUUUGUCUCAUUUAUUUAGAGCUAGCGUGAGAAACUGUCAAUUCAAUCUAACCAUGAUAGCAAGCUUGGAGAGAGGAAAAGGACUGCUGAGUGUGAGUCUAAUUAUCAGUCACAUCUCAGGAAAUCUUUACUCAAGAACUACUUAAACUUUAUGAGAAGCAGACUACCACAACGGGUACUGUUUUAUCAGAAUGGUGAAUGGACUGAUUUCCCUCAAGAUAUUAUUCUUAUAGUUAAAGAAGAUUUUCGGGCAAAAAAGGCUGUUAUUGAGGUGAAAGUUGGUGGCUUUCAUUUAAUGCUUGAUCUUCUAUAUAUGGUUCAAAUAGAUCUGAUUAAUGGUUUGCACAAACCUAUUGCCUGGAUAGAUGAAUCAGGUGGCUGUUUCUUCCCCGAGUCGUAUCUUGUCAGUUGUGAAAUGCAUGGGAACUUUAAAAGCCAGUCAAAGAGAAUCGAAGAGUUUAUGGCUAUUGAACCAGAUAGGAUAGCUGAUAUUAAGUUGCAACUUGAAAUUGAUUUUAAUGGACUGGAAAAUAGUAAUUUGGAAGAAUAUAUGGAAGAGUCAAAUGUUGGUUUUAAGAGGAUUAAAGUAAAUCCUGUUAAAGACUAUCAAGAAUGUGCUGAUGAUAAAAAAUCAGAUGCAAAAGUGGAACAAGUUGCAGAGAAUAAACAGAACCAGGAAAUAAGGACUCCUGCUGUAGUUGCUCUGAAAUUGGUGGAUGCAGAAUCUGUCAAAAAUAUGUUUGUUAUGGGAAUGAAUAUCAUCCCUAAAGUGGAUGAAAUCAAAAUUACUAAAUGCUCUAGUAGUUAUUUGAAAACUCGCUUGGAACUCUUUGAGAAGCAAAUUGAAAUAACCCUAAAAUAUCGUGGGAAUGCAAAUGUUCGAUAUGCUUGGCUUGCUGCUUCCAAAGAUUUACUAUCCACAAUUAUGAACUAUGGCCUUGCACUUGGGGGACCUAAACAUAAGACUAAAUUUGGAGUCGGAGUUCACCUCAGUACUCUGCAUUGUGCCUCUAAAAGUGCAAUUAAUUGUGAUGUUGACGAAAAUGGCAUCCGCUACAUGGUUUUUACUCGUGUGAUUUUGGGUAAUGUGGAACUUUUGAAUAGCCGAUCUGAACAAUGUUGUCCUAUUGAUGAAAAUUACGAUAGCGGAGUUGAUGAUCUAGAGAAUCCUACUUGUUAUGUUGUUUGGAAUAUGAAUAUGAACACACACAUAUACCCGGAGUAUGUUGUGAGCUUCAGAAUUCCUCCAGGAGCUGAAGGACCCCACUUCGGAAAUGAUAGCCGGAUGCAUGUCUCAGGUGACAGUACUUGUUGUCAGGGCCCUGUGGAUCAGGUACCCACAGAUACAUUUCCUAAGGACUUGGAAAGUGACAAUCAUCAAAUAUCAAUGGGUAAAUUGUCCCUAGAAAAGGCUGCAAGGACUCCGAAGUCCCCUUGGAUGCCAUUCCCCUUGUUGUUUGCUGCAAUCUCCAAUGAAGUCCCUGCAGAGAAGAUGAACCUUGUUACUAGCAAUUUUGAGUUGCUUAAGAGCAAGAAGAUAAGUAGGGAUGAAUUUGUCAGACAGUUGAGGUUGAUAGUAGGCGAUACUCUGUUGAGGUCCACUAUUACAAGUCUUCAGUUCAAGGUACCAUCUAAAUCCUUUGAAAUGGUUCCGCCAAAGCAAGAGCCGUAGAGUGCUGCCUUUAAAUGAAAUACUGCCAAUUCCAUUAGCAAAGCCACAGAGUAACAGUUCUUUACUGAAGUGCCUUUUCCGUGUUGUAGUGAGGUCAUUUGGGAGGUUCGAUUUCCUUUCCUACAGUAGUGUGAUAGUAAAAGCAUCUGGUCUUUUGUCCUAGAAUAUGGGAAUACAAAGUAGUUAGUUCCUUUUCCGAACGGGCUUGAUGGUUUUUCCUCCUGUUGUGAACCUCUUAACUUUGCUUUUGGUUUUCUGGUUAAUUUUAGUUACUCCCUGAAUUGAAUGCUUAUAAAGUUUGCCUUUGAGGUUUCUAUUUCAUUGUUCACUUUGCAAGUGGUCCA